UUUUACUUAACACUCACUCAGUCUGCGAUCAACCAUUACAGUAACAUUUUCUCUGGAGAAUUUCAUAAAGUGUACAUUUAUGCAUCAAGAUGAAAGUCCAACCAAUCACUGAAUAUCGGUAUGAAAUAUCUUCCACUUUAGACUAUUAUGAUUACAAUUUCACCAAUGGCAGCAUUGGUGAUGACAUCUGUAUCAAGAAAAAUGCCAUCCAGUUUGCGACAGCCAUCACUCCAGUCAUUUUCAUCAUCAUCGUUCUGUUCAGCUGUGUGGGAAACACUCUGGUCGUGUGGGUCCUUGUGAAGUAUGAAAAUCUGAAAUCCCUCACCAACACAUUUCUGUUAAAUCUGGCUCUCUCUGAUCUGAUUUUCACCUUUGGCCUGCCCUUCUGGGCCUACUACUACAUGUAUGGCUGGACUCUUGGAGAUCCUGCUUGCAAAGCAGUUAACUUUGUGUUCUACACGGGAUAUUACAGCAGCAUCAUCUUCCUGACGGUUUUGACCAUCCACCGUUACAUGGCCGUGGUUCAUCCCAUGUCAGUGGUCAUGUCUAGGAAGAGCCUGCACUGCUAUGUGACAUCACUUGUCAUCUGGAUCAUUAGUCUUUGUGCUGCUAUCCCACAAGCCAGGUUCAACUCAGCUGUGUACAACCCCACUGAUGUAUUCAUGGAUGCUCAAAACAACGGCGCCAAAGCAGUUCUGCUCUGUGAUUUUGCUGGUGAAAUUAAUUGGAAAUUGGCAAGUACAUACUUGCAAAAUUCCUUUUUCAUUAUUGCUUUUGUGAUCAUUGCUUUUUGCUACACUGUGAUCUUGGGACGGCUGCUUCGACCAACAUCUCACACUCGUAGAAAGACGGUGCAGCUCAUCCUCUUCAUUGUGGUGUUUUUCUUCUUGGGAUGGGGGCCGUACAACGUGGCCAUAUUUCUGGACUCUCUGAUUUCGUGGAAAAUCUCUCCUUUUAAUGAUUGUAAGCUGAGUGAAUCUAUAGACUAUUUGAUGUAUGUCUCUCGGAUGGUGGCUUUCUCACACUGCUGCCUGAAUCCUGUGUUUUAUGUUUUUAUGGGGAUAAAAUUCAGAAACCACUUGAAGAAAAUGUUAUGGACUUACUGUAAGAACAACAAAGAACCCCAGAAUCGACACAGCAGGCUUAUUUACUCCAAUGGUGAAGAAAUAUCUAUGUAUUAGGUCUCUACACAAAAAAAACAA